AUUUGCCUUCUGUCAUGCACUUUGGGGCGGUAGUAGUAAGACUAGUUGGACAUUGCAAUUUGCACCCCCAAACACACCACAUUAAAACUCUCUUUCUCUCUCUUUACAACACUUCUUCUCCCAAUUCACAUUCUUUUUUUCUUCUCUUUAGGGUUUGGUUUUCUCUCUCAUCCCUCAUCAUAGCUCCAGAUUCAGAAUCUCCCCAUCUUCCCCUCUUAAAACAGUUAAAACUCCCGUUUCCCUUUUAUUUCUCAACAACUCAGCUAACUCAGUUCCAACUCGCCGGGUUGACUCACCCCCUUUUCGUCUCCGUCAAACUCAUUUUCUCCGUGUGAGUUCCACCUCUCUCUCUCUCUCUCACCAUUAAACCCUUUCGUUUUAUUUAUUUUCUUCUCUUCUUUCUACCUCUUUGUUCCUAUUUCGUUUCUUUCUAGUGUUUUCGGUUGGUGUUGUUCGCUGAGCUUCGAAAUGCACAAUUUCCAAUGUUGGGUUCCGGGUUGAUUUUGAACACCGUUUCUCGAUGAUUCCGAUGGAAAAUAAAAAUAUUCAUAAAUUAAGAGAACCAACGAAAACCCCGAUCUGGUUCACUUAGCAGGAAAAGAAAAUUGUUAUUCUCCCGUUUGAUUCAGCUAAUUUUUUUUUUUGAGCUCCAAGGAAAAAAAUUGAUUACUGUGUUUGGCUUUGGAUUGUUGAGGGGUUUCUUUAUUUAUUUUUGCAAAUUUGAAUGGCUGGUUCUGCGAACCUCAAUGGUGAUAGUAGAAUUGAGAAUCUGAUUUCUGCUAGGAAGUCAUUGAAGCUUAGCUUAGAGAAAUCAAAGUCUUUAGGGUUAGCAUUGGAGAAAGCAGGGCCUAGAUUGGAGGAGAUUGGGCAAAGAUUGCCCUCGCUUGAAGCUGCGGUUCGCCCAAUUCGCGCCGAUAAGGAUGCUCUGGUGGCCGUCGGCGGCCACAUUAAUCGCGCCGUUGGUCCUGCGGCCGCGGUGCUUAAGGUAUUUGAUGCCGUUCAUGGCCUUGAAAAGUCGCUCUUGUCGGAUCCGAGAAAUGAUCUGGCUGGAUACAUGGCGGUGUUGAAGCGCCUUGAGGAGGCACUGAGGUUCUUGGGAGAGAAUUGUGGGUUGGCAAUUCAAUGGCUGGAGGAUAUAGUGGAGUAUUUGGAGGAUAACACGGUUGCGGACGAGAGGUAUCUCGCGAAUUUGAAGAAGGCGUUGAAGAAUCUUAGGGAGUUGCAGAAUGAUGAGGAGAAGGCGCGGCUUGAUGGUGGGCUUUUGGAAGCUGCAUUGGAUAAAUUGGAGAAUGAGUUCCGCCAGCUCUUGACUGAGAAUAGUGUGCCGCUUCCAAUGGCGGCUGCUCUUGGUGAUCAAGCGUGCAUCGCACCAUCGCCUUUGCCUGUAUCUGUUAUUCACAAGUUGCAAGCUAUUCUUGGUAGACUGAAAGCUAAUAAUAGACUUGAGAAGUGCAUAUCGAUUUAUGUUGAAGUCCGUAGUUCUAAUGUGAGAGCCAGUUUGCAGGCUCUCAAUUUGGAUUACCUUGAAAUUUCGGUGUCUGAAUUCAAUGAUGUGCAGAGCAUAGAGGGGUAUAUAGGGCAAUGGGGAAAACAUUUAGAAUUUGCAGUGAAACAUUUGUUUGAGGCUGAGUAUAAGCUUUGUAAUGACGUAUUCGAGAGGAUGGGGCUCGAUGUUUGGAUGGGUUGUUUUUCGAGGAUAGCUGCGCAAGCUGGUAUACUAGCAUUUCUUCAAUUUGGGAAGACCGUCACGGAGAGUAAGAAAGACCCCAUUAAACUUUUGAAGUUGUUGGAUAUUUUCGCGUCUUUGAACAAAUUGAGGCUUGAUUUCAACCGUCUAUUUGGAGGAGCAGCAUGUGCUGAAAUCCAGAAUUUGACUAGGGAUCUUAUUAAGAGUGUCAUCGAUGGUGCAGCAGAGAUUUUCUGGGAACUUCUGCUACAGGUGGAGUUGCAGAGGCAGAGUCCACCCCCUCUAGACGGCAAUGUUCCGAGAUUGGUGAGUUUUAUCACCGAUUACUGUAACAAAUUACUUGGUGAUGACUAUAAGCCAAUAUUGACACAGGUCUUGAUCAUUCACCGAAGUUGGAAGCGUCAGAGCUUUCAGGAGAAACUUCUUGUUACUGAAAUUUUGAACAUUGUGAAAGCUGUUGAACUGAAUUUGGAAACAUGGAUCAAGGCUUAUGAAGAUCCUAUGUUGAUGAACUUCUUCGCUAUGAACAAUCACUGGCACCUUUACAAACAUUUGAAAGGGACAAAGCUUGGGGAUCUCUUGGGAGAUUCUUGGUUAAGGGAACAUGAAAAUUACAAAGAAUAUUACUCGACAAUCUUCUUGCGAGAGAGCUGGGGAAAGCUUCCUUCACACUUGAGUAGAGAAGGGCUGAUUCUCUUCUCCGGAGGGCGGGCUACUGCUCGGGAUCUGGUCAAGAAAAGGUUAAAAAAGUUCAAUGAAGUUUUCGAUGAGAUGUAUGGGAAGCAGUCGGGUUGGGUCAUGCCGGAGCGAGAUCUGAGGGAGAAGACAUGUCAGCUUAUAGUGCAAGCUGUGGUCCCUGUUUACCGGAGUUACAUGCAGAAUUACGGCCCCUUGGUCGAGCAAGAAGCUAGCUCCACAAAAUAUGCAAAAUACACAGUGCAGAAGCUGGAGGAGAUGCUUUCAUGUCUUUAUCGGCCAAAGCCUGUGAGGCAUGCCAGUUUGAGGGGUCGGCAGUUCAGCGGAAAAUAUGGCAAUGGAAUGCCAGAUCUUCGUCGUACAGCUUCUGCAGUUGUGUAGUUUCCUAAUCCCAUUUAUCGAAAAGGGGUAAACAUUUGAUUAUCUCUCAUCUCCUCAGAUUGAUUGGCUACUGUAUAUAAUUUUACUGAGCCCUGCCGUGCAUAUUACUUUCUAUGAUUCUGAGAAGGGAAGUUUCUGAGUAUUGCCAUUCAAAUAUCUGAUGUAUUUCCAUGAAAAUGGAAUUUUGUAUCUUCUGAGAUUGAAAAAAAAAAAAAAAACUGGUUAAUGUGUCUCCCCCAGAUGGAGGUUUCUGCUAAAGUUAUGCAAUCCUGAUCAAUAAAACAUGGACCUUUCCAUUUAGGUUCAUUGGUCAUACACCCAGCUAAAGGAAUUUCUUCUCUUUUUCUCUUUCAUUUUCAUAUUUAUCCAUUAUUCAGUUGUGUUUAGCAGCAGGGUCGUUGUAUGCAGAUUUUAUGUACAACUUUUUUAGCUUAGUGUUAGCAGAAUAUUCAGUCAUCAAUGUUGUAGAGGGUGAAGUUAAACUGUAGAAUGUAAAUGCAGAAACCCGUUUUAAAGGGAGUUAGCCUCAGCAGACUAGGUUAUUCUCAAAUCUCAAUCCUCUUUGUAUACUUUUAAAAUUUCUCCAUUUUUUUGACAUUUUUUGUUCAAGUAA